GAUGGAAAAUGCGGACAAACACACCGAGAAACGAGAGCUUUUAUAGCGCGCGGUGUUCGAGGGGUCACAUCCUGAUGUAAAUGCCCCGCUGGUGCACUGAUAUCUACCCUCAUCUACCCCGAGAAAACCCCCGUGUGCGCGAGGACAGCCGCCGGAUUUCCACUCACUUUUCUUGGCAUGCCUUUGGAGCUCAGUCUCGGCUGAUCUCCGCGCCCGCCUGCACGCGUAUGAACGCAAGGAGACACGGGCACGAGCGCUUCGGAAACACCGAUGGCGUUGUUUAAAUGCUCGCGGUUCCGCUGUCAGCUGCACGUCGCGUGAAAUCCGAAGUGGGGGGGGAAAGUAAGAAAUCAAAUAAUUGCAGGAAGAUGGCGCCCACCAAGCCUAGCAUACAGCAAGACCCUUCCAGAAGAGAACGGUUGCAGGCUCUGAGGAAGGAGAAGUCACGUGAUGCCGCUCGCUCGCGCCGGGGGAAGGAAAAUUUCGAGUUCUACGAGCUGGCAAAGAUGCUUCCCCUCCCCGGCGCUAUCACCAGCCAGCUGGAUAAGGCCUCUAUCAUCCGCCUCACCAUCAGCUACCUGAAGAUGAGGGACUUCGCCAACCAGGGAGACCCGCCGUGGAACCUGCGCAUCGAAGGACCGCCACCCAACACCUCAGUCAAAGCUAUCGGGUCCCAGCGUAGGCGGAGCCCCAGCGCUGUUGCCUCAGACAUCUUUGAGCCUCACCUUGGCAGCCACAUCCUGCAGUCCCUGGAUGGAUUUGUAUUUGCACUAAACAAGGAGGGGAGGUUUUUGUACAUUUCAGAGACGGUGUCCAUAUACCUUGGGCUUUCACAGGUAGAACUGACGGGCAGCAGUGUGUUUGACUAUGUUCAUCCGGGCGAUCACGUGGAGAUGGCCGAGCAGCUGGGCAUGAAGCUUCCGCCGGGGAGAGGACUGCUGUCUCAGGGCGCCGAGGACGGGGCCAGCUCUGCUUCCUCUUCCUCUCACUCUGAGACACCUGAGCCAGUGGAGUCGAGCAGCCCCAGUCUUCUGUCGCCGGAUAACACUCUAGAACGCUCCUUCUUCAUCCGUAUGAAGUCCACGCUUACUAAAAGAGGCAUACACAUCAAGUCGUCUGGGUACAAGGUGAUCCACAUAACCGGCAGACUGAGGAUAAGAAUGGCAUUAACACACAGUCGUUCGGUACCCAAUCAGAUUAUGGGAAUGGUCGUGGUCGCCCAUGCACUUCCUCCACCCACCAUCAACGAGGUUCGGAUCGACUGCCAGAUGUUUGUUACACGGGUCAAUAUGGAUCUCAACAUCAUCUACUGUGAAAAUAGAAUCAGCGACUACAUGGAUCUGACACCUGUCGACAUCGUAGGGAAGAGAUGUUAUCACUUCAUUCACGCCGAGGACGUGGAAGGCAUUCGGCAAAGCCAUUUAGACUUGAUGAAUAAAGGUCAGUGUGUCACAAAGUAUUACCGCUGGAUUCAAAAGAAUGGAGGUUAUAUCUGGAUCCAGUCUAGUGCCACCAUUGCAAUCAAUGCCAAGAACGCCAACGAAAAGAACAUCAUCUGGGUCAACUAUGUUCUCAGUAAUCCUGAGUACAAAGACACACCAAUGGAUAUUGCACAGCUACCCAACCUACCAGAGAAAGCGUCUGAGUCCUCAGAAACAUCCGAUUCGGAAUCAGACUCCAAGGAGCACUCUGAAGACAAUGAAAACUCCAAGUCAGAUGGGAAAGGGAACCAACCAUCCGAGAACAGCGAGGACCCCGAGUCGGACAGUAAGAAACAGACGGGCCGGCCGCCAGAGCAGGAGAUGAGACGACAGGAGGAAGGAGACAGUUCCAGCAAUCCCGAGAGUCAGGACAGUGAUGAUAGCCUGGAACCGUCCGACUGCGAAGCCGACCAUAAAGAAGGACAUCUGGCACGGUUGGGUGGCCUACACAUAAAGGUAGAGCGCUAUGGUGACGGGGAGGUAACAGAACUGCAGGACUCGCACUCAUCUUCCUCCUCAGAGGAAGAUGAGGGGGAUGAGAUUGUGAAGGAUUGCAACAGCGGAGAAGAGCUGAGCGGGCCGGCAAUGAGUAAACACCAGAAAAGAAAGAAGAGGAGGAAAAAGCAGAAAUGGGAUGGGAGUCGCCAACGCCUACGUCUGUCUCCCUCAGCCGCUGCCACCCCCAGCCCUGGCAGCCUGGACCCCACCCUCGGAGACCAGCCUCCACUCCUGCUUCCACCCUCCCCAACCAGUGCCUCCGUGCUCAAGAUCAAGACUGAGAUGUCGGAGCCUAUAAACUUCGACAACGACAGCAGCAUCUGGAACUACCCACCCAACCGAGAGAUCUCCCGCAAUGAGUCCCCCUACAGCAUGACAAAACCCCACGAUACCUUCCCUUCCCCCCAGCCUGCUGGCCUGCAGGUUUCCAUUCCUGACUCUGUCCUCACUCCACCUGGUGCCGAGGGUGGAGGAGGCAAUAGAAAGCCCAAUUUCAAUGGCAACAGUAGCAGCACCAACAACAACACCCCAACCACUGUGUCCAGUGCAACUCUGGGAAGCCUGGCUCCUCCUUCCAGUUCCACCACCGCAGACCCCCUCUCCCCACCUCUCUCUGCCUCACCGCGGGACAAGCAGCAGGGUACACCCACCUCCUCUGGUUCCCUGCUAUACUCUAGUGACCUAGAAGCCCUGCAGAGGUUACAAGCGGGCAACGUGGUGCUUCCGUUGGUGCAGAGAGUCACAGGCACACUUGCCGCCACCAGCACGGCGUCCCCGCGAGUCUACACCACUGGAACAAUCCGAUACGCCCCGGCAGAUGUCAGCCUGGCCAUGCAGGGCAACCUCCUGCCUAACACCCAUGCCGCUGUGAACUUUGUGGACGUCAACGGGCCAGGUUUCGGCAUAGACCCCAAGACACCCAUGGAGAUGCUGUACCACCAUGUGCACCGGCUCAACAUGUCCACCCCGUUUGGGGGCGCAGUCAGUGGAGCCGGGCUCACACAGAUGCCAGCUGCCAACGUCUUCACCACGGCAGAGGGACUCUUCUCCACGCUUCCAUUCCCUGUCUACAGCAACGGCAUCCACAACACACAGACUCUGGAGCGCAAGGAGGAUUGAAGCAAAACAUUGAGACCAUAUUACUGUGUUCAACUGUGUUCAAAAGACACUAAUGAGGCAAAAGACUGUAUCAAAGUUGGGGAAAAGUGAGAUGUUCUAGCACUUUGAAUUUUGAGCAAUUGAGCUUGUGUAUCUGAAAUGAAUGGUUUCUCUUCCUGUGACUUUCUAUCUCUUCUACUUGCUCUUUCUUCUCUCUCACAAGUUCUUGAUGGCAGUUUCGCUAAACAGACUCAACUCUAUUGUAAAGAGUUCCUUCAGAGCCACAGGGAAUUCGUAGCACUGUAGCGUGUGUUUUCUCUGCGGUGAGAUAUUUGUCCAGAGUAUGUAACAUCCCCAUGAGGAUGUCUUAAAGGUAUUUGAAAAGAAGAUUAAUAAGAAAAGAAGCUGUUCAUGUUUCUAAUGGUAUCUUGAUGUGAUUGAGAUUGUUUCUGACAAAAGGAUGUUACCCUAUUUGAUGUUGUUCAGAAGGUUAUAAUGUUCUUUCUAAAAGGGGAAUAGUGUUUUAAAAUAAUGUUUUUUCUUUGUUUUUAGAGCUCAAACUUAACUUGCAAAUCAUGCAUUUAAAAAAAAAAAAGCAAUUUUAGCCGGGUAUCGACCUGUGAAUAGAAUGUUACUACAAAAUCCCAGGACAUGGAACAGGUCAGUGUGAGAUUUUUCCAGUUCCAUCUUCUGUUUGCAGAUCCAUGGUGCUAUCAUUGAGUUACACUCACUCAGCUGGCUGAUGUCGGUACCGUUCAGGAACUCCAGACAAAUGGCGGCUUGUGAGCUUUUCUACAGAAUAGUCAAACCUCGAACAGAUUUGUUUUGUUUUGGUUUUGAUUUUGGUUAAUCACCAGUGAGCGCAGGAGGGUAUUUUUUGCUCAAUCUAAUUGAGUCAGAAAAGGGAUAUAGAAAAUGAUUAUUUUUUUACGUUUAACAGAACAUUACUUUCUAUCUCUCAGUGCAACUGAGGCUAAUUUUGCAUCACUUGAAGAUGAAUGUUAAACUCCAACAGGCUUUGGUCAAAGCUAUCCUUAAUUGUUUAGUUUUUUUUUAUUUUUAUUAUUAUUAUUCAUUUUUGUUUUCAACGUUUACACUCCCUCUUUAGCUUACAAGCCUGGUGUCUUUCCCAAAAUCGAUUACCCUUCAACCCUUUACCCUUUACUCUCUCUGAAAAAUCACAUAUCAAGCGGAGAUUGUAAUAUGGACAUGCAUUUUCAAUCAAAAAAUGUUUUAAAAAUCCACAUGUUGCCAAAAAAUUUUACUCUCACAGUUUGGUGUUAAAACACUGUGAUUUGAUGUUUAAAAAAAUGCUAAAGUAAUAAAACGGAAGAAAACUGUCACUUUAUCCUUUGGCAGCCGUCCAUCGAGUCAUCUAUUAUGCAGCGUGAUAACCGUAAACUUGUACAAUGUGUAAGUGUCAUUGGCUGUCAGUCUCCAUAGCAACUUAAGUGUGUGUUACUAUAUGCAGUAUAUACUGAGCUAAUGUAGCUGUUUUGUCCUUUGUCCUCUCUGUGCUAGUCCAGGCUUGGACGAGGGAAACAUUUGUUUCUCGUCCGGCCCCCUUGCAGUCUUAGUGAACCAGUGGAGGUUAGUGGAUUUUGUGUGGUGGCCUUUCCAAUGUAGUGUCACCUUUUUUGCUGCUUCCUUUUUGUAUGUAUUACUUUCUUAUGUUUCUGCUAUUGCUUUGCUGUCGUGUAGUCUACAGAUCUCUCUCUCUCUCUUCUUCUCAGAGAUAAAAGACUCUGAACUAGCUCAAAGGUUUAAGGAGCUUCUUUUUUUUUCUUUUUUUUUUUUUUUUUUUUUUUUUUUGCCACUGAGGAAUUCUGGGAUUGCAGUUUCCAGCUCCAAAAUAAUGAGGAAUUAAAACAAACUGAAGUAGCAUUUACUAGACUGGAACCUAAAAAGCCUCAGAUGUGAAACAUUCCCAGAGUCCCUUGUGCUUCUCUUGUGCAUUGGGUGUAUUUCAUUGGUUUCCACCAAACCUGUUGACUUCAAGAACCCUGCAACUCACAGGAAAUAUUAAAAGAUUACGGUAGUAUUUCAGGACAAUAAACAGUUUUAAAGAUUUCUAAAGAGAUGAAAAAAAAUAUUUCGCACUAUAAAAUCUAUUUUUAUAGGUGUUUUUGAAAUGCAUGUUUACUAAGUUGAUUGUUUGGUUUACUUGAUUUUGUUCGGUCCAACGGCUUUGUCGAUGUUUAGUGUUUUUUAGUCUGUCCAGCAAAGGGAAGAGGGAGCCUUUGUCUUUUUACCUGAAUCAGGCUUCCCCCCAACAUCAGGAAACUUGUGUCUGUGGUUUCUGUGAAGAUGUGUUGUUACUCAAACCCAGGUAAUGAUAUUCAUAUGUUUUUAAAAAUGAUAACGGGACUUGCUGUUGGAACAGUUGCAGGAGAGCUUGGCGUCACCGCUGCAGGUUAACGGGAUCCUAGAUUUUAGCAUUUUGUAUGUAGAGCAGAGACGUUUGGGACGGGGUGGGGGGGGAUUUAGGGGCAGCUCCCAAAACAGACACUGUGGACAAGGAAAUACACCCAUAUGUAACUGACCGAACAGCCGGGCGAGCUGUCUCAAUGUAUCUGUGUUGUGUCAAAAUGAUUGCUGGUGAUUUAAUCUUAAACUAAUCUCAGCUGCUGUCAGAUAAAUAGUGUUUAAAAUUACAAUAUGAGAAAUCAAUUCAUUACCUGUGAAGACUGUGUCUGUGUUUUUAACUAUUUCUUGUACAAUUAUACAGAUUCUUUUAUGAGGAACUUGGUGCCAAGUAGAAGAAUAUGGGAGAAAGGGGAUUCUCUUAAUAUCAGUGUUAACAGUGUGAUAAAUUCUAAAUACAAACCAAUUAAAAUAUUAAAAAGAGAAAACUAUGGUACAUUUUUUUAUUUUGUUUUUUGUUUUCAGAAGAAAAGAAAAAAAACAUAACUAACUGAAGCUAACUUUGAGUGCCUGGCUUUUUCUUUUUUUUUUUUUUUUUUUUAAACACCAUAUUUGUUCAUUUACCAUGAAUAAUGCUGCAAUUCAAAAAUGUACAUACUUCAUUUUACAACAGGGUUAUUUUAUACUUUUGUAGGUUUUCAUCAGUUAAAGCGACAUGUCAUACAUGGUUGUCUUUCUGUAACAGUUUUUUUACCAUCUUACAGGUGCCAUAUUCAUAAUAAACUUUUCUUGGAUUUGUUACUAUCUGGCAUCAUUUCUUUUACAUUCUGUUCAUCAUAAGUGAAUGCCAAACAUCAGUGAUUAUUCUUUGCUUUCCUCCUUUACUGCUUCUUUCUGUUCUUUCUUGCCGUCUUAUGUUUUCCCCCGGUCCUUAAUUUUGGUUAAUGCACGUACAGUAGUUGAUGCCUUUUUUAGUUACCAAUGGGUUUCAGGUAAGGGGAUAUCAAAAUAUUCCCAUGUAGCCCAGCUAUCUUUUACUUCCAUACACAAUAAAUGGCAAUCCAGUGCACUUGUACAGUGUCCAUAGGGCCUUUGAGUUCGACGUGUUUUAGCAGUGGCUGAGUGAAUCUCCUUUUCAUUGGACAGAUUCUCACGGGUAUUUCUGAUAUGUUAUUCCAUUAUUCAGUUAGCAGGAAAAUUUCAAUCUGUGUCUUCUACUAUACUGAUAUCACUGUAACUUCCUACAGCAAAGUUAAAUAAAA